AUGCAGACGGGUAUUUCUCUCGACGCGUCAAGACUCUGCCAGCCUGGCAAUGUGAAGAUCGGCAAAUUAGUGCACACGAGAAGGAUGCCUGAGUUGCAUGAGGAGGUUCGCUUUCACGACUUGAUCGUGACCAGCGUGAUCGGCCGUGCCUUCUUGGCUGGGCGUCAAAGGCUCGUCAUGAUCGAGCUGGGGUCCUACUGGGCAUACUACUCUCUCAUUUUUGCGAAACUGGUUGCGGAGGCGAAGCUGCAUGCUGUCAGCAUCAUGGUCGAGCCCAGUCCUCACAAACUUCAUUGUGGAAUGAGGAAUUUCGCAACAAAUGGCUUCUGCUCAGAGGAUCGCGUGCAAGCAAGAUGGCUUAGAGCUAUGAUAUGUGCGCCAGAUGCAGAGAAGAUGACGGGCUACGGUGGCCUCAUGACGGAUGAAACGUCACCCGUUUGCACAACAAUCCCUAACAUACUGCAUAGCUUUGAUGUUGUCAAAGUCGAGGUCUUGCUGGCUGAUAUUCAAGGAGCGGAGUUGGAAGCUCUGCGCAGUGCCAACCUUAGUCGAAUACAUCACGUUUGGGUUGGCACCCAUUCCAUCAACAUUCACCAGCAAUGCAAGGAGCUCCUACUUUCAUCAGGAUUUAUGAUUGAAUAUGAGGUUGGGCUCAUACGUUCAGAUGGGUAUAUCCACGCCUUCAAUCCAAGCUUUUGA